CCCCCCCCUCCUUCCUCCCCUAGCGCCCCGCCCCCCCCGGCACCAUGGCCAGCCACCAGGAGCUGCUGUCUGAGCUGCAGCAGCUGGACAAGGCUCCCAGCCUGGAGCGUCUCCGCGCGGCGCAGAAGAGGCGGAGCCAGCAGCUGAAGAGGUGGGCGCUGUACGAGAAGGACAUGCAGAGCAGGAAGCGGCGCGCGGACAGGAAGAGGAACCAGGCGCCGCGGAGGAAACACGUGUCGUUCGCCGCCAGCGUGGCGUUGCUGGAGGCCUCGGCACGCAACGACCCGGAGGAGGUGCAGUGCCAGUGUGUUUCUGAUGACGGAGUGCAGUGCCAGUGUGUUUCUGAUGACGCAGUGCAGUGCCAGUGUGUUUCUGAUGACGCAGUGCAGUGCCAGUGUUGCAAACUGGAUCCACAGGUCAUCAUGCUGGCCCGUUGUCUCCACAUCGCAGCAGCCAAUGGCUACGUCCAGGCUACAGAGCUGCUGCUGGAGGGAGGAGCCAGCAUGGACCUGAGGGACUGUGAUGGAUGGCAGCCUCUCCAUGCUGCUGCCUGCUGGGGCCAGAUGCAUGUAGCAGAGCUUCUGGUGUCUCAUGGUGCCAGUCUGAACGCCAAAACCCAUCUGGAGGAGACGCCUAUAGACUUGUGCGAAGACGAGGAGUUCCGGAACAUCCUGCUGGACCUCAAACACAAACAUGACAUUAUCAUGAAGUCUCAGCUCAAACACAAGACGUCGCUCUGCAGACGCACCUCCAGCGCAGGCAGCCGCGGGAAGGUGGUGAGGAGAGCCAGCCUGUCGGACAGACACAACAUGUGUCGGAAAGAGUACGAGACGGAGGCCAUCGUGUGGCGAGGAGGGCGGGAGGAGCAGGGGAAGGAGGAGAGGAAGGAGGAGAGGAAGGAGGAGAGGAAGGAGGAGAGGAAGGAGAAGGAGCCCGAACUGGAGUCCAGCCUGACGGGGAGGCCCACUGAGAGAGCCAAGCCUCAGAAGAUCCUCAAAGACGGAGCGAAACCCAACGGCCUCCUCGUCGUCACGACGACGUCCACCCCCACUCCGACGCCCACCAAUGGGGAGGCUCCGUGCCUGGACAGCAGGGGAGUGGCCUCCCCGUCGUCCUCAGAGGAGGCGUGGCCUAAGGAGCGCGCUCAGACGUUGUCGGAACUCAAGAAGCAGAGGUCGGCGGCCAAGCUGCUCAGCCACCCGCUGCUCAACGGUCACCUAGGAAACGGAUCGCCUGACUCCGCCCCCGAAGUCAACAGCAGCCCUGAGGACUCCCGCAUGCCCCUGGUCUCAUCCAAUGGCAGCGCGGUUUACUACACGCCCGCCAGCGGAGACCCGCCCAUCCUCAGACUGAAGCAGCCGGUGGAGGAGGUGGAGCCUGGCAGGCGCACCUGCUGCUGUGUGUCGUAGCAGGACGGGUCAUGUGACCUAGCAGGACGGGUCAUGUGACUUAGCAGGACGGGUCAUGUGACAGAACUGUGGUGGAGGCCAGGAGUCAUGUGACCGGGGAGGAGCAGGAGUGAUUGCACACACACACACAGCAAGCCGGAUCCUAGAAUGCACUAGGGUGGAGCUUCACUUUCACUCAACCUCUUAACUUGUUAACUGAAAUAUUGACUGACCUAGAGGAAG